GUAAAACAACAUAAAAAGAGUUGUAAUCAACUUCAAAGUAAUAUUUACUCCUCGGAGAGAGACACAGUAGAAUUCUUUACACAAAAAUGAACGGCGACUCCACCGAUGCACCGCCGGAGCAAAACGGAUUGUCACCAGAACACGCCGGAGAUGAUCGGUCCAUUGAAAAGGGUGGAGAAGUUGAAAAGGGUCGUGAUCAAUUUGCUGAUUUGAAGAUACAACAAGAGGGUGGAGAAGAAGAGGGGUUGAGGCCUAAAUUAGCUGAAGGGUUUUAUGAAAUUGAAUCUGUUCGUCGAAAGAGGGUUCGAAAGGGCCAAGUUCAGUACUUGAUCAAAUGGCGGGGGUGGCCGGAGACCGCAAAUACUUGGGAGCCCUAUGAUAAUCUUGCAGCAUGUUAUGAUGUUAUUGAGGCAUUUGAAGAUAGCUUGCUGUCGGGGAAACAUAGAUCACGUAAGCGGAAGCGAAGGUCCACUGGUCUGGUCCCUCAAGCUAAGAAGAAGCCACAGGGUAAUGUUGCGUCUACUUCGAGGGCCCAAGAUGCUGGGAAUGUUAAGUUCGAUGAAGGAAACUAUGUUAUUCCUUCUCUUGAUGAUCAGAAUCAUGAGGAUGGUGGCAAGUCAAAAAUAGAAGAUCUUAACAAUAAUGAAGCAGUGGAGCAAGGAAAUGAAAAUGGAUCUGUUGUCGUUCCUCCACAAGUUGAAGAAAAAGAAAAUCAUCAUGAAAUGGAUGCCAACCGUGGUGACUUGAGGGAUGCACCAUUUCCCAGUGAGGGCUCGAGCAGGUUGCCUGUAGAUGUUCUGGAUUCAGAGGCAUCAGAAGAAUUUUGCUUUGCAAAUAGACAUCAAAACUUGGAGGGGGAGGGACAGGUUAAAGCUAGUGCAUUUCAGAAUGGACAUCAAAAGGUUGACGGAGGAGUAGUCAAAGAUAGUGACUUGAAAAAUGGACAGCAAAAGGUUGACGGAGAGGGUGUAGCUCAAGGUGUUGGCCUUGAAAAUGGACAUCAAGGGGUUGACAAGGAAGGAAUAGUUCAAGCUGGUGGCACUGAAAAUGGACACCAAGGGGUUGACGAGGAAAGAAUAGUUCAAGCUGGUGGCAUUGAAAAUGGCCAUCAAAUGUUUGAUGGAGAGGGCAUAAUUCAAGCUGGUGACUGUGGCAAUGAAAUUCAAAUGGUCGAUGGGGAGGGAGUAGAUCAAGGUGAUAGCGUUGAAGCUGGACAACAAAUGGUUAAUGGGGAAGCUGUAGUGCAAGCUGGUGGGCGCUUGGGGAGUAGAAAAAGAAAACCUUCUUCCGUAAAACGGUUUAACCAAGAACAUUCCCCAUGUGUAACAAAUUAUGCUGCACCAGACCUUACAACAAAAAACACCCGAGCUGGUGGUAUAGUUACACAGAAUCGGGAUCAAAAUUCUGUUUACAGGAGUAAUGAUCUGGCUUGCCAGAGUAAGAUUGAUGACAUCACAGAUGGGUCUUCUAUCACUGAGAUCAUAAAACCUAUAAGCUUUGCAUCUUCUGAAUCUGUACCGGGCAUCUUAGUGACCUUUAUGGCCAAGAGGUCCGACGGAAAAGAGGUUAUGGUGGACAACAAGUACCUGAAGGCCCACAAUCCUCUUCUGCUGAUAAACUACUAUGAGCAACACUUGAACUACAACGCUACAACAGGACCACCCAGACCUGGGGGAGACAGUGUGCUCUAAUCAUUACAACAUAGUUUUUCUAAUGCAGAUGUAUCUUGUAGUUUGAGGCUUUAGUGUAGUUGAUAGUGAAUCCUUAUUGAGGACAUGUGGUACAUAGUGGAAAGUUCGGGUUCUAGAACACACAAGAAUACUUUCUAGUAUUUUGGUCUGAAGUAGCAGUAGCCGUAUCUGUUUUAUAUUUACUUUGGCAAUUUAAACUCAUCCAUUACCUUUCUAGUAUAUAAUUAGCAAAUCUCAAUCUUUUAUUUUUCUCUCA